AUGGCAAUCACCAACGCCAAGAUGGCGACGUACGACUUUCUCGCCGAGCUCCGCGGCAGCUCGUUCUACCCGGCGAACUCGAUCGAGAAGGGCCGUACCUUGCUGCGCGCGCUCUGCGCUGCCAUCGAAGACGCCAAGCCGCUCACGCUCGACGGGCUCGAGCAGCUCACGCAUGCGACGACCGCGGCCUUCAACGCGCUCGAAGAGGAGCUCAACGAGCAAGGCUCGAUCAUCGACACGGUUGCGCGCGAAUGCAUCGCCAACGACAUUGGGUGCAUUGCGGAAGCGUACGGCUAUCUGCAGUUCGAUAUCGAGUCGCUCAUUGCCAACCGCGAGUGGUAG